CUUACUUGUAAAUUGUUUGUUUAAUCAUUCAAUUUUGAACUUCUUCCUUAGUUUCCAUUCAAAAGAGAAGGGUGCGACCAUUUCAUUCAUUUUUCCUUGUUCUCGCCUUGAAUUCUUGAUCUAAUAAUCCAUCCAUCAGCUAUUCUGUCUCUGUUACUCUCUCCCAUCAUCUCUCUCUCUCUCUCUCUCUCUCUCUCUCUCUCUCUCUCUCUCUCUGAUAUCAGAAGAUGUACGGUGGGGGGAGCAGUGGGACCCAGAGCAAGAGGGACAUGGCAAUAGAGUACCAGGCACAGAUACCGAUAUUGAGGCCAAGCAUACAUGCAAGAAGGGCAAACAUGACAGUGAAAUUCCAAGAUCUGUACGGAUUCACAGUUGAAGGAAAUGUUGAUGAUGUUAAUGUAUUGAAUGAUGUUAGAGAGAAGGUUAGAGAACAGGGUAAAGUUUGGUGGGAAUUGGAGUGCAGUAAAGGACCUAAUUGGUAUUUGGAGGAUAGUCAUGUUUUCUCUUCUUUUAUGAAUGGCAUCACUCUUAAGCGGCUCAUCAGAAAAGGUAUCCCUCCCAAUUUGAGGCCCACUGUCUGGUUCUCCUUAUCCGGCGCCGCCAAAAAGAAAUCCACCGUCCCCGACAGCUAUUACCGUGAUUUGACCUCCGCCGUUGAGGACAAAAUUACCCCUGCUACCAAGCAGAUUGAUCAUGACCUCCCACGGACAUUUCCAGGUCACUCGUGGUUGGACACUCCAGAAGGGCAUGCUGCUCUAAGACGUGUUCUUGUCGGCUAUUCUUUUCGGGAUUCUGAUGUUGGAUAUUGUCAGGGUUUAAACUAUGUUGCAGCAUUAUUGUUGCUUGUCAUGAAAACGGAGGAGGAUGCAUUCUGGAUGCUUGCUGUUCUCUUGGAAAAUGUUUUGGUUAAUGAUUGUUACACAAGCAACCUGUCUGGCUGUCACGUCGAACAACGAGUUUUUAAGGAUCUCCUCACCAAAAAAUGCCCCAGGAUAGCUGCUCAUUUGGAAGCUAUGGACUUUGAUGUUUCUCUUGUUUGCACAGAGUGGUUUUUAUGCCUCUAUUCUAAAAGCCUGCCUUCAGAGACAACUAUGCGUAUAUGGGACGUUCUUUUCUAUGAAGGGGCAAAGGUGUUGUUUAAUGUAGCAUUAGCAGUUUUUAAGAUGAAUGAAGAGGAGUUGCUUAGGGCACAUCAUGUUGGUGAUGUGAUUAAUGUUAUUCAGAGAACCACUCAUCACCUCUUCGAUCCUGAUGAGUUAUUGACGGUUGCGUUUGAGAAGCUGGGGUUUAUGAUAACAACGAAUAUAUCGAAGCAACGGAAGAAGCAGGAGCCAGCGGUGAUGGCAGAACUCGAUCAGAGAGUAAGACGGCUAAAUUCGUUAAAUGGUGAUGACAAACAAUGACACCUUUUAUUUGUGGACAAGAACCAAAAGAAAAAACAUAUUAAUUAGUUGUAGUAGUAGACAUAUUUGAUGUAAUUGUAAAUUUCUGAGUUGUGUAAUGCAUGUUCUCAUAUUGAACUCUCUAAUUCUCAUCUCAUUUGAUCAUUUGAGGUUAUAUAUUGGCUUUGGCCAACUAUAAAAGACUUGACAUAUCAUUCCUU